UAAUAUACAUAUCACAGAGUAUAACCGAAAUGAUAAUAAUGCACUAACUACUACUAACACACAAGAUAAUGCAGUUAUUAGAAAACCAUUAUCUUUCGGUGAAAAAAUUGCUCUGAUGACAAAA